GUGACGUUGACCAAUAAGCGCUCGAGAGGGAAACCAGAAGCUAAUAGCGCCGCUGGGUGGGCGGAGUUAUCUGUGGAACCGAAGAGAAACGCUGAACACAAGAGCCUGAACAUGUACGGGAGAUGCGGAGACGGAUUUAUGGGAAGACACGGUGGGCCCGGAUAUAACUUCGGUCCGGACCCAUACUGGUCUUCCCCAGAACCUUGGAUGCCCACCUAUGAUGGACCGGACAGAGGAAGUUACUUUGACCGACCAGAAAGAGGCAGAUACGGCUAUUCUGAACCUGAGCGAGGAUAUAGAGGACCAGGAAUUCAGGGUCCACCCAAUCACGCUUCGCCAUGGGGGAGAGGUGACUCAAGAGGGGGCUUCAUGGGUAACUUUGCGCCAUCUAGACCCGAAAGAGGUGCAAGACAACCUAGUCAACCACUGUUUCCGGAGAGGGAGCAAUUUAAGCAUGUGAAGCCAUUUGUGGAUAACUUCUUCUAUGGUGGAGGGUUCAAGCUACAAGAAAAUAGUUUGAAAGGAGAACAGAAAAGAAAGUCUCAUGAAGGAGGACAGCCAGCUGCUAAAAGGAUGAAGACGUCUGCGGCGAACAAGAAGUCCGAGCAGCCGGGAUCAGAGGGAGAUGGCAAUGAUGAGGAACUGGCCCAGGGCACAAUGAGUGACGGAGAACAAGAAGCUGGGACACAGGAGGAAACAGAAAGUACACAGUCAUCUAGCAAAGAGCUCAAGGAGGAAAUCUUGGAUCACAAUCUGGGGAAUAGGAUCCAGUUUUCCUGCGAUCCAUGUCAGUUCCGGACAUUCUAUGAGGAGGAGUGGAAUAUGCACAUGCAGACCCGCUUUCAUAAAGAGCAUUUCGAGAGAAUUUCUAGUAAACUUGCCAAAAAGGAGGCAGACUUUGUAGAGGCAUAUGUGGAGAAUGGCUAUAAGAUGGCAAAGCAAAAGCGCGAACAGAUUGAAGAUCUCAGCAACAAAAUCCACCAAAUAUAUCGGAGGCAGGACCAUACCCUAGGGCUGGGCAUAGAGCAUUUUGUGAAGAAAGUUGAAAUCGCGCAUUGUGGUGCAUGUGACGUAUUUCUCCCUAUGGUUCCAUCUACCCUAUGGCACCAUAUUCAAUCUUCCUCACACCUAAGUAAUCGCAAGGACAUGAUGAAAAAAUCCAAAUUGAUGGCAACUACAAAAGCAAUGAGUAUCCUGCGUGACAAGAGUAAUGAGCACAAACUGGACCAGAACACAAAUGGAAGAGCAUCAGGGAAGAACAUCAAAAGCGGCUGUAGCAGAGAUUUAGCACCAAAACGUGAAGAAUCUGGGGAGAUGCCAUGUAUUACACUCUCGGACUCUGAAGGAGAGGAGGAAGAUGUCCAGGGCCAAAAUGAUGACACUAGAAUUGACUGCUGCACAGAGUUAGUACCAGAAACUGAGGAAUCAGAGCAGAUGCCAUGCAGUACUCUCCCCGACUCCAAAAGGGAUGAAGAAAAAGAAGAUUGUGAUGGACAAGUCACUGAGCAGGAAACCGCUUGUGAAAGUUUAUGAAGGUUCUGUGAUAUCCAGUUCCAGGAUCUGCUUUCCGUCCAGGAGCUGUGGGUCCGUCACCUCCAUCAGCACAGACUGGAAAUUAACUUUUGUCCAUCCUCUGGCCCACCACAUGAUCUGUCAUCAUAGUAGCAUCAUCUUGAGCCUCACAGAACUCUUAACAUUGAUCAUCAGCAUUUUAUAGACCAGAUGAACGCAAUGUGUUUGUCUAUUGGGGCUAUGGUGGCAUAAAACUUUUAACAGGAUGGGGAAUGAUGAAUACAAUAGUAGGACCCAUUGGACAUUUUAGAAGAGGAUUAAAGGAUUAAUGGAAAGGUCUGGGUUAUGUGUAAAGAUACACAAGCGCAUUUCGAGUUUUUUUUUUUAGCUGGUAUUACAGUAUAUAGUGGAAGGAGUGAUCAUGGUUAUGGUUCUGUCUUUCUCUACAGACAAGAGGUUAAGGUUUUGUUGAAUGGCAAGGUCAUAAAAUCCCUUCUGCUUGUCCUCUGAUAAUGUUGUGUAAUACAAGGUGAAUAAAUAAAGCUGUGAAUUCUA